GGGAUUACUGCUGCGAGGAAGCCCUAGCUCCAGUGGCGUUGUGUCAGUUCCACCUCAGCUCUGCUUAGCAGCACAGAGAUGGGCUUUGGGGAGGACCUCCGGUGCCCUCAAGCACACGCAGCUCUCAUGCGGCUGCUGGACUCAGAGCUUCAUCUGAUGGAAGUAAUGAAGAAGUGGAUGGGUCAGCGAGCCAAGAGCGAGCGGGAGUUUUCUGUGCAGCUGCACCAGAUGGCUGUCAUGGUGGAGAGACUGGACAGGCCUCAGCCCGGUGGAGGACUGGAUUAUAUCAGCCAACUGAACAAGUCGUGGGGUGCGCUGGUGUUUCAGACAGAGUGUCUGAGUCAGGUGAUGAGGAAGCGCUCGGAGGAUUUGCUGAACGGUCCUGUGAGCAAACUGACACUUCUCAUUAGAGACAAGCAGCAACUCCGCAAGACCUAUGCAGAGCAGUGGAGCCUGCUGAGCCAGGAGCUCACCAAGGUGACCCAGACAGAGCUGGAAAGGUUAAAGAACAACUACAAGCAAGCUGUGAGGGACACAUCACAGGCAAAGAGGAAGUACCAUGAGGCUUGUAAAGAUAGGGACCGUGACAAGGCAAAAGAGCGAUAUGUGAAGGCCACACUCAGACUCCAUGAGUUGCAUAAUGAGUAUGUGCUGUCUGCACGAGCAGCCCAAGUGUACCAUCAGCACCACUAUAGCCAGAUCCAGCCUGCCCUACUCAGCGCACUUCAGACCCUCCAGCAGGAGAUGGUGCUUUUACUGAAGGAGGUCCUGCUGGAAUAUUUUGACAUUUCCACUCUCGUCCACCAUGAAGUGGUAUGUAUCCACAGGGAAAUAACUUCUGCUCUGACUGCUAUCGAUCCUCAGAAAGAGUACGACAGCUUCACCCAGCAGAACAGAUCUGUGGGGGAGAUUCCUGCCUGUGCAGAGUUUGAUUCUGGUCUUCUGGAAGACACCGAGCAGCUAAACCCUGGAGAGCUUGAACUGAAUGACCUCACGCUUGAGACAAUCCAGCACAAACUGACUGCAGUAGAGGAGGAGUUGCUGGAACUGGCCCGAGUCCUGGGAUCCCAGCAGGCCUCGGUUGAACAGCUGGAGCUGGAGCUGGAGGCAGGGAAGGAAGGUGUCAAAAGGGGCCAGAGGGUAUACCAGUUCAGCAAGAGACAUGCACUAGAGGAGUGCCGGCAGCAGGUUGCACUGUCCCUGGGCAUGAGAGCCAAGCUGGAGGUUCAAAGACUGCUGCUGAAAGAGAAGCUCGACCAGCUGGGGGCUGCUGACCCACCCUCUGCCCUGCAACUGGACAAGGGCAGCACAUCAGUUUCAACCAGCACCACAAGUGAGCAGGAGAGGAAUGGCUCCAAACUCCUGCGCAUCGAUGGGAUCAUGAACAAUCUGAGUGGCCUGUUUAAACCCAAAUUUGAGACGCUUCCAGCUGUCACCUUAGUGCCGGAUGUGGAGCGUCCUCUGGGCCAGCAGGACUGGUACCACGGAGCCAUUCCCAGACUGGAGGUGCAGGAGCUGCUGAGGAAUGAUGGAGACUUCUUGGUCCGAAAGAGUCAGGGCAAGCAGGAGUAUGUCCUCUCUGUGCACUGGGCUGGUGUUUGUAGGCACUUUCUCAUUCAGAGGGCUGAUAAUCUGUAUCGGCUGGAUGGAGAGGGCUUCAGCAGUGUCCCCCAGCUGAUAUAUCAUCUCGUGUCUUCACGCCAGUGCGUCACCAAGAGGAGCAACAUCGUGCUUAAAAAACCCGUGCUCAAGGACAAGUGGGUAAUGGAACAUGGCGACAUUAUCUUGGAACGCAUCAUUGGACAGGGUAACUUUGGGGAAGUGUACAGCGGCCGUUUACGCUCUGACAACACUCCUGUUGCAGUAAAAGCCUGUAAGGAGAACCUGGCCCCAGAGCACAAGAACAGGUUCCUGAUGGAAGCCAGGAUCCUGAAGCAGUACGAUCAUCCUAACAUUGUGAAGCUGAUAGGAGUGUGCACGCAGAGACAGCCCAUCUACAUCAUCAUGGAGCUGGUUCAAGGUGGUGAUUUCCUCUCUUUCCUGCGCCGUGAGGGUCAAAAUGUCCAGACUAAGACGUUGGUGAAAAUGGCAGAAAAUGUGGCAGCGGGCAUGGAGUACCUGGAGAGCAAGAAGUGCAUCCACAGAGACCUCGCAGCCAGAAACUGUCUGGUGGGAGAUCAGAGAAUCGUGAAGAUCAGUGACUUCGGGAUGUCCCGCGAGGAGGAAGAUGGUGUGUACUCUGCCGCAGGGGGCCUCAAACAGGUCCCUGUCAAAUGGACGGCCCCUGAAGCUCUGAACUACGGUCGUUAUACCACAGAGAGUGACGUGUGGAGCUUUGGGAUCCUGCUGUGGGAGACCUUCUCCCGGGGAGUCACUCCCUACGCUAGCAUGAACAACCAGCAGACACGGGACGAGGUGGAGAAAGGUUAUCGCAUGGCCGCUCCGAGAGACUGCCCGGCAGAGAUCUACAGCCUCAUGUGCAGCUGCUGGCAGCAUGACGCCGCAACCAGGCCGUCUUUCAAAAAGCUCCAGGCUGAGCUCAGUGCCAUCCACCACAAAAUCCCAUAAGACAGCUGUUUUGAUUGAAGGUGCCUGUUUUUGUUUGUCUGUUCACUCGUUUGGCUGUUAGUUAGCUUGUAAAGUUACCUCCGUGUUUUAUAGAGACGGCCACUGAAACAGAGAAACAGAGCUGGAGCAGGUUAACUGGUUUUAAUGACAGUUCAUUACUUUUACUUAAUAUUUCUGGUUUGAGAGAAAUUAUGUCUUUUACCUAAAGUUCAAAUUUGUUCACACCUUUUGAAUGCAUGUGUGUGAGUAGGACUAAGUGAAGAAGUACACUAAAUAUGAGUUGUGUGUUGAAGUCAGGGGAGUUUCUCAUCUUAUUUUGUUGUUUAUGUGUAAUUUAAACAAACAAAUCUCACAAAUAAUGCAGAAUUGCAACUGUUUGAAUAAAGUGAAUAAAAAUGUGCACCUG